CGUCCUCUUUUUUUUUUUUCGUCCUGCUUUCGCCUUCUAGUCGAGAAUAUAACGAUGCUUAGCGGGGCAUCCAUCAUAAAGCGUAAUAUAGUACGAGACGUACUGUCAGCCCCCCAACAAGUACAGCCAUGCGGAGUCGAUCUCACAUUACGUCGCGUUCUCAACUGGACAUCUCCAGCAACAAUCGACUUUGACAAUUCUCGUCGCCAAGCAGCAAAAACAUUAGAACUUCCGUUCUGUCCGGAGAAGGAGGUAGUUACACUAUCGAAAGGUUCAUAUCUAGUCGAGUUCAACGAAACAGUUCACAUCCCACUUGACUGUAUGGGCCAAAUAUUUGUGAGAUCAUCGUUAUGGCGCUCAGGUGCGCUACUCACAGCUGGGGUUAUUGACGCUGGGUAUGAUGGUGCUCUGGGCGCUUUACUUGAUGUUAGAAAUCCAACUGGGAUUGUCCUUAGCAGGAAUGCCAAGCUUGGGCAGAUUACGUUGCAUAGGUUAGAGGAGAAGGUUGCAGGAUAUAGCGGCAUAUAUCAGUUUUCACAGAGCACUCUUGGACGGGAUGGCAGUCCUAGAUCAGAUUAGUGCAGGACUUUAUUUGAUCAGAAAGGAGGAGCGCAAAAUAUGGUAUACGCCGCCUCAAAUAACACGGAACCAUUGAAACUCACAAGAAGGAAGAAUUAUCAAAAAGAACUAGGUUCUUCAUACUACCACCCCGGUUCGUACCAGGGUGCGUACCAGGGUGGUGAAAUUAGACUCGGCUGUUGACAAUAAUAGCUUGAGCCAUUAUGUCUAUUUCUGGGUUCAAAAGUCAACCGAAUACCAAAUUUCAAUGAAGAUUUUGGUUCUGUGAACUAAACUACCAGGACUGUGGUAGUUGGCUUAGAGAACAAAGUUUUGAGCAGAUUAUCCUAUUGCCCGACGCCUCGUAUUGUCUACUUGUCUACGGAUAUCGGAAUAUCGUGUUGAUCUUUCAGUUGUCAGCCAGGUGAUUAGCCUUACAUAUGUCAUUAUUAGCUACAAACCCAGUGCUAAGUGAGUAGUCUGAG